AUGGCAGACAUCGAGAUGGAAGAUAUCGAAAUUGGUCAGCCAAGCCAAUUGACCGACCGUCAAAUGUCGUCGUUGGUUUCGCUCUGGAGGCUCUCCCACUACAGACAGGCACCCUUGAGUUCCUGGACCAUGCUCUACACCCAGCGUCGUCCCAAAAGGAAAUCUCCCAUGAUCUGCUUUGACACAAAGAUGUACAAGUUGCUUCGGGAGCAACAGGCAGAGGACAUGAAGAAGAAGCAGGCUCACCAACAUCAGAUCUGGCAACAUGUUCAGGACCGUCUCGCAGAGCACAACCAGAUCCUAGAACAGGAAAAGGCGGAGGAGAGUAAAAAAACUAGGAGGCAACAGCAAAAGGAGGCCGUCGAGGCUGCUGCUACCAUGGAUGAGGAGGAUAACGAAGAUACCGCAGCACCCGUUAUUACGGAGGAUGAUUCGUCGACUGUUACUUCUUCGGCCUCUACAUCACCGGAGGCUACUCCUGCAAAGAAGCGGUCCAUCCGCUGGGGACUCCAGAACAACCAGACCAAGCGAUUUGACAAGACACUGCCAAUUACGCUUGUCAAGGUCCCUUCAGUGGACACACGCCCCACCAAGAGCGCACUCAAAGUCAGGACUCUUCACACCAUCCAGAGCAACAACAAACAACAGCAUGCUUCCAAGAAGCCUUCGACCACCAUCAACACCGAUACCAAAAAAUCACGAUCUGCAUACUCUACCUCUGUGCCUGUUCGCAAGCACGCCGUCGACUUUUUCUAG